AUGAAGACAAAAGAUUAUGUGGUGAAAGCCAUCGUUGACUGCCGUCGUAAUGGACACCAAAUUGAAUACUUGGUUGAGUGGGCGCCCACCUGGGAGGUCGACUCUGACCUUAAUUGUCAACAAUUGAUUGACGAGUUUAACAGCAGCCGUAACAACAACUUAUUGGCCAACAAUGGUAGCAAUGAAGACAUUGAAGAUAAUAACAAAUCUAUGAGACAAUUCAUGACCAAAAAUACUGAUCUUAAGUCAAAACCAAUGAAACGCAAAUUUAAUGAAAUGCAUGACAAACACGUGUCCGCACGUGUCGGCGGUUAUAUGAAAAAUCAUUGCAUUGUUAUGUAA